CCCAGAAGCGAGAUACGCACCAACCCGCGAAUUAACCUGUCGUACCAGACGAGAUCUGCGCAGUCGUGACUCCUAGUGGCUCCAGCCGCCACGCUGGCUGGCCCCCUCUGCCGUAACGUCUCCGUCUUCUUCUAUUUACACACCCGUUUCUCCCUUUCCUUCCCCCCUUCGAAGGUACGCGCCUCCCGCACGUCGCUCACAGCUUGGACCGGACGAGCUAGCUCUAGCUGUUGUUGUGCACUAGCAGUAGGACCAGACCAGAGAGUGCGGAGGAGAUUCCCCUCAGACUCCGCGCUUUGCUUGCUUGGAGGAUCCCGCGGCGGCUAUGGAGGGGGAGGACGGCGGCGGCAGCGGGGUGGACUGGGACAGCCUGGCCGAGGCGGCGUCGGGGGCCGUGGGCGCGCUCGUCAGCACCACCGUCCUCUACCCGCUCGACACCUGCAAGACCAAGUUCCAGGCCGACGUCCAGACGGCCCAGGGCGCGCCCAAGUACAGGAACCUUUCAGAUGUCUUUUUGGAAGCAAUUAAGAAAAAGCAAUUUUUUUCCCUUUAUCAGGGCCUUAAGACGAAGAACAUUCAGUCUUUCAUUUCGCAGUUUGUUUACUUUUAUGGCUAUAGCUAUUUCAAAAGACUCUACUUGGAGAAGAGUGGAGCAAAGUCUAUUGGAACAAAAGCCAACUUGUUAAUUGCAGCUGCCGCUGGUGCUUGCACAGUUGUUGUGACACAGCCACUGGAUACAGCAUCUUCUAGAAUGCAAACAAGUGCCUUUGGAAAGUCCAAAGGGCUGCGAGCAACUCUUGCUGAAGGUACAUGGCUUGAGGCAUUCGAUGGCUUGGGCAUUUCCCUUAUACUAACAUGCAAUCCUUCUAUCCAGUACACUGUAUUCGAUCAGCUUAAGCAAAAGCUUGUACGGAGGCAGACACGUAAAAAUGCAGAAGCAGCUGGUGAUUCUUCCCCGGUUGCUCUUUCUGCUUUCUCAGCAUUUCUCCUUGGUGCCAUCUCAAAAAGUGUUGCUACAAUAUUGACUUACCCUUUAAUCAGGUGCAAAGUCAUGAUUCAGGCCGCCGACCCUGAUGAAGAUGAUGACGAUGAAUCUGAAAGGUCAGGAAACUCAAGACCUCCCAAAACAAUGUUGGGUGCCAUGCAUGAUAUGUGGAACACAGAAGGCAUCCCAGGCUUUUUCAAAGGAUUACAUGCUCAGAUACUAAAGACAGUUCUGAGCUCUGCAUUACUGCUGAUGAUAAAAGAGAAGAUUUCGAAGUUUACUUGGAUCUCACUGCUUGCUCUGCGGCGAUAUCUCUUUGUUUCUCGGAAGAGAAUCAAGAGUGUGUAAUUGUGUCGAAAAAUCCUCACCUCAAAAAACCAAUCUGAUCAUGUAAUGCAGAUCUCGUCUAUAAGGUAUUUCUAAAAUUAUACGAAUGAAUAAAUCCAAGGAACAGAAGUACAGAAGCAGAACAACACGAUAUACACGUGGGAUCAUCUUGGUAGAGAAUGUUCUGAAUAAAUUUGUUUGUUUGUUUUACGUAGACUUGAAUCUCUGAUACUCACUGAAAUGAAAUAGGUGUUCCCCAGAACUAGCUCUGGUCACGUGGUCUGUACUGUAAUGUGUAAAAUAUCACUUGUGCUACAUUCUUUCUUUCUUUCUUUCCUUGAAAUGAAUUGGUAGCUACAAUUUCCGUU